CACAUGCUGCAGUAAGAGCAAAACUGUCACCACGGUGAGUUAAACUUCACCGUAACACGGAAUCUCAGACAUAUCCUGCCUCUGGAUCUUUCCGACCCCUGCCAGCGCAGUUGAAAUAUCUCCAUACUUAAAAAGCCGCAUUUCCUCUUUGACACAGACCCGACGUUAUAAAAAUGACAGAAGGGAACAACAUGCCAGAAAACGAUACUGCCGGUCCAGAUGAGACACCCGCCGGCAGCGAACCCGCAAAGGAGAAGCGUCCAGAGGAGGAGCAGGAUGGGGAGAAGGAGAGGACGGAGAGUAAGGAGAACGGGGACAGCACAUUGGAUAUCCCAGAAAAAAACAACGGAGCCAAAGAGGAGGUCGAGUUUGUGCACCCCGAGGGCGGCUGGGGAUGGGUGGUCAUGCUGGCUUCCAUGUGGUGUAACGGGUCGGUGUUUGGGAUCCAGAACGCCUUCGGGGUGAUGUUCAUCUACCUCCUCCGGGAAUUUGGCAGCGAGAAAGAUAAAGACCUCCAGUUCAGGACAUCAUGGGUGGGCUCCCUCUCCAUGGGCAUGAUCUUCUUCUGCUCGCCCAUCGUCAGCAUAUUCACCGACAUGCUCGGCUGCAGGAUUAUUGCAGUGGGCGGCGCUGCCGUUGGCCUGGUCGGCCUACUGGCCAGCUCCUUUGUCACGUCCCUGGGCCCCUUGUAUUUCACCUACGGCAUUGUGUUCUCCUGCGGCUGCUCUUUUGCCUACCAGCCGAGCCUGGUCAUCCUUGGCCACUACUUUAAGAAGCGCCUGGGUCUGGUAAACGGUAUUGUAACCGCCGGCAGCAGCGUCUUCACUAUCAUUAUGCCCUUUCUGCUGUCAGGCUUGCUGGAAAGAGUGGGCCUCUACAACACGAUGCGUGUCCUCUGCAUCCUCAUGUUUGUGCUGAUGCUGGCUGGCUGGACUUACAAGCCACUGCUGCCGGUCAAACCCAAAGACUCCCAAACAGGCAGCUCGCGCUUAAAACAGGUUUUCAACGUCAAUAUCUGGAAGUCAUGGGGAUAUCGCAUCUGGGCCUUCGGCAUCCCCGCUGCGCUCUAUGGCUACUUUGUGCCUUAUGUUCAUCUGAUGAAACACGUGGAGGAGCGUUUUGGAAAAGACACCAAUAAAGAAGUUCUGCUCAUGUGCAUCGGCAUAACGUCCUGCAUCGGCCGACUGAUCUUCGGCAUAGUGGCAGAUUACAUUAGUGGAGUCAACAAAGUGUUCCUGCAAGUGGCUUCCUUCGUUGUCAUCGGCCUCAUGUCCAUGAUGAUCCCUGUGUGCCAUGUGUUCGGUGGGCUUAUCGCUGUGUGCCUGCUGAUGGGACUGUUUGACGGCUGCUUCAUCUGCAUCAUGGCGCCUAUCGCCUUUGAGCUGGUUGGAGCCAAAGAUGUGUCCCAGGCCAUUGGCUUCCUGCUGGGCCUGAUGUCCGUGCCCAUGACUGUGGGGCCCCCUAUUGCAGGUUACCUGAGGGACAAAAUGGGAUAUUAUGACAUGGCCUUCUACCUGGCAGGAGUCCCCCCAAUCAUUGGAGGGGCCUUGCUGUGUCUGAUACCUUGGGUAGAAGCCAAGCGCAAGAGAAGAGAGAAAAAGGAAGCCCUGAAAGGGGAGCAGGAGGCCACCCAGAAGAUGAUAGAGCAUGAGAAGGCUCAAGAAGAUGUGCAACACAAAGCAGGAGAGUCUGUCCUCUAAGUGUCCCCUGAAGAGACUGAGAGACACGGGGGGGUCAGACUGAGGCUCCUGCUGCUCACUGGCAGUAUUAAGAUACAGUGUGUACUAUCUGUGUUUAACUAAAGACUGCUUUCAGUAGGAGAAAAUGCCAAAUCGUUGAAACAUAUCAGAGUCAUGUGUCGAAGUACAGCUGAACAUGAAUGUGAUCCUGAAGAAGAACUAUGCAUCCGACUGAACUAAUCUUACAUCAAGCUUGAAAUUUUACAUGAAAAUGGGGAAAACUGGACAUGUGAUUUUCAUCACAAGAGGAAUGAGGCAUGCAGUACUGUGUCUCUUCCAAGAUCCACACUAUCAGCAGCCAUUCUCAGUGGGCUUACGCUAAUCUUAACAUUCACUUUUCAGCACUACCAUAGUUUUAAAUGUAGAAUCAAAAUAUAUUGUGUUAUACAACAUAUAUAAAAACAUAUUGUAUUAUACAACAAAGGAAGCCAGUUGCGGUGUUAAUUUCACUUUUUUUGUAUCAGUUCAUAGUGAACCAGCCUGCCAAAGAUUUCUCUUGUACCCUGUCGUCUUUAUGUUCUCCAGUGUCCCUGUGUCACACAGGGACACUCAUUUUUAAAGUGUGGCACAAUUAUAAAUAGUCAGGUAAUCUGUUCUAGGGAUGCACUGAUAUCGCUAUCGAUGUUGGUCGGUAUUGGCUCUGUUGAACGAUAUCAGCAUUUUGGCAAAUAAAGUGGCAUGUGCUGAUGUCAGUGGCCGAUAUUUAUUUGUUAAAUCACAUCAGUUUUGUCCUGGCUAAAGUUUAACUAGAGCUGAAAACAAAUAAAAAGAUUUAUUUGUUUUCCUGAACUAAUUGAGAAUGAAAUAAAAAGAUAAAAAGACUAAAAUAUUCUGGUAUCUGCAGUCUACCAAAGUGUUAAAACAUCGAUAUCGGUAUCAGUGUCAGUACCAAUAUCAGUAUUGCCAUUGAUAUUUGUACUGGUACUGGUAUUGGUCCAUUUGGCAGUCGGUGCAUCCCUAAUCAAUGAUUUGUAUUUUAAAGGGACACAGUAACUAUCUCUUCAGAGAAGUGCUCUGGGGUUUUGUUUUCGACUCUGGAAUCUGAGCUGUAACGGUGCUUAUAAGGAUGCAGCUUUCAGAAGCACAAUGAGGUAUAUCCUGUCAGGAAUGCUGACUCAGCCUCUCUUCCCAGGCUGGAUCCAGGAAAUCAGAUCAUUUAAAGACUGGACAGUACGCAGGGUGGCUUAACCCACCAAGCAGAGCUACGCACCUAAAGGCUCCAUGUUAAACACGCUGAGCCUGCAUGCACUUCAUGUACUAUAUAAAGUGAAAUGAUAGAGUCCUUAUGGAAAUGCCUUUAUUAUUAUCCACUCUUGAUCCCAUGCUGUGGAGGAUCCCAGAGUUUCUUAAUUCACUUUAUGUUGCAAAGUGUAUCAUUCUAAAAUUAUUACUCUUAGAUUAUUAAUGAUUACAUUAUACAAACAUAAAAGAAUGGGGGUGAUGUGGAGAGGGUGGGUUCUGUAGAGCCCCCUGGAGCUGCACCAUGAGUCAAUCUGGACUGUGACUGAUUCAAAGAGGCUGCUUGGAAUCAAACGUCCUCCAUGUUUUUGGUUGAUAUAGCUGGUGGGGUUGAACAUGCUGGGCAGCAGCAGCACUGACAUGUCAGAGGGAGAGGUGGGAAAUUUAAAUAGAAUGCCAUGUGGAGAGGAUGAAUUUGGUGUAUGACGUUCAGACGGCGAGGCGUGUUAUGUCUGCCGUCUCCAUGAACUAGCCCUUUAAGAGUAAAGAUGAAGGAACCGUUUGCUGUCUGCCCAGAAUUUCACAAUCGAUGCAUCCCUAAUAUUAACUGCUGAUACUGCUGACAUUACCCACUAGGUCACUGGCCAGGUUAGGGUUAUCGGCAGGCUUGGGUUUUGUUUUAGCAACAUGUUAAAUAGAAACUAGAACAUGUUACCUUUUAAAAGAAGCCUCAUACAUAUCUAACCCAAAGCCUACUGCUAAUCCUACCUGGGUCACCAGUGAUCUGGCACAUGUUAAGAUUUUAAGCAGCAUUUCAUUUAAAACAGCGGUGAGAACCAUUUUUGUUCAUUUUUCUUUAUUUUUGCCAACAUUUUGAGCUCAUACUUUAAUUGUGCAGCAUUCAUUUAGCUAGGACGGGAAUUAACCCGGCUCAGGUCACAUGACCUCUUAAUAAACGGCCCAAAAAUCCACAAAAUGAGGUGCAUUUGUGCAUGUCGUCCUUCCCCUCUGUGUGAUAAUGCUGUGACACUUUUACCCUCUGUAUGGAAUCGUUUCAGAGAACCAGUCUUCUCUAUUUGAACUGUGGACAUGAGUGUAACUAAUGAUUGACUAUGUGACCAUCCGUUCCAUCGAUUUUUAACUGUGGGUCCAGUUCAGCAACCUUUACAGAAAGGUGUUUGUUUUAUGAUUUAUUUAUUUUUCACUUCUUUUGGAGAUUGUCAUUUGCCUAAAGCCUUAAACUAACUGACUGUGCUAAGAUGAAAACCGAUGAAAGUGUGUUUGCUCGCCCUCGUGCACCUCCCCAAAGCCCCCCACGUAGUGCCAGUGAACCAUCUGAGCAUGUCACCCAUUGCUGACAGCGAUGGACUGCCUCUUUGGAAAACUCAGACCCCUGGGGGGAAUGGCUCGCCAUCACAGAAAUGCUGUGGAUCAGUGGUUUUUCCUCUGCAGACCUGUGACACGCUACCUCAGAUGAUAGUAGAACUCUGCUCCCUGUUACCUUGUCACGGAGAAUAAGUCUUAUCUUUGCUCUUUAGUGAAAAAUGUGCUGCCAUUUUUUUAUGCAAGAAGUGACUGAAACUUUGCAGCUUUUACGUAACUGUGCUUAAAUCAUGUGACUCUUCCUUAUGAUGUGCAUGACUCUUUAUUUUGAAGUGCCAUUAUAGUGCUAUUCAUCUGUGAGAGCCUCGAGUCAUUGCUUGUUGCCAUAUAUGAAUAUGAAUGCUUUGUUGUAUGUAUUCAUUGCACUCUGUUCGCGCUUGUACUUGUUUUGUUUAGCUUUUCCUUCAUAUGUGCCUCUUGAAAUGAUCAAAGGAGUGUUUUGUUUUAAAUUGCAUGAUUUUUAUUUGGUAAUUUCUUUAGACCAAAAUCUUUGGGACAGUCUGCCUGAGUUUACACACAGUUUUGCAUUUUAUUGUUUAUUUGCUGGUAUUUUGGGCGUCCAAUCCAGCCACUGGCUUCAUUCAGAGCAUCUGUUUGUAUCUGCUGCUUCCGUCCUGUUUCGGUCUUAAUUUCCAUGUAUUCUCAGUUUUGAUGUGCAUUAACUUCAACCCCCAAAAGUGUUCUUAAAUGCAUUUCCUCCGUUUGCAGGAUGUGUGAUGAACUACAGUAUAUGCAAUGUAUGUAAACACAAUCAUUUUAAUUAUUUUGGAACAGUAAAAAGAAUUUCUCUUGAUUUAUCUGUGUGUGGGUGUGUGGCUGGUACAGUGUGACACAGCAGAACUUUUUCAUUUAUGGCAUCGUCAAAGCUCUGACAUUCAUUUAAUCAGCAGCUAAAGUCAAGUGCAGUAAAACUGAAUAUGAAGAACAACAACAUUGUAUACCUUUGAACCCACUUCCUCCUAAUCUUCCACUAAUUAAUGAUCGUUAUCAUCUCUUGACCUGUGUGUGUGUGUGUGUGUGUGUGUGUGAAAGAGAGAGAUUCCCAUUAUGCACUCUCUGCUUUUAUUUUUCUAUUUUUUGUUUGGUUUUUUUAAUCUAACAAAGCAAUAUAUUCAGUCAUAUUUUAAUUUUAAGUGACUUGCAGUAAAUGUGGGGAAAGUGUGGGUCAA